AUGGCUGCACCAGAGAAGCAAGGUCCUCUCCCGCUAGACGAGGAUGCUCGGCCCUCCAUUUUGGGGGUUACCAUCGGGAUGACUCUGCUCGGAAGUGUUUUCUCCCUUGCGCUUCGUCUAUACGUCCGCAUUCGGAUGAGUCGCAAUAUCGGAUGGGAUGAUUGCAUGAUGUGCAUGGCUGCAUUGUUCAGUCUGAUGGGCAUGGCCCUCGUGAUUUUGGAGGUGCAGAACGGAGGAGGAAGACACCGGCAGUACAUCGAGCCGAGUGUCUUCAGCAAGGGAAUGUAUCUCAACUUCCUCUCGCAGCCGUUCUACCUCUUCGCCGCCCUGUUCGUCAAAGAAUCCGUGGGCUUCUUCCUCCUGCGCAUCACCGGCCGAGGAAAGUACAGGAGCCUGAUCGCGUGGAUCAUGAUACUCCUGGCCAUCUACACCGUCGCCUGCUUCAUCACCCUCCUCCUGCAGUGCAAAGACCUGCGCGUCAUCUGGGACCCGGCCGUCAAGACCACCUGCUGGCGCGUCGAAAUCCUGCACGGCCUGAGCUACCUCAACAGCGUCGUCAACAUCACCACCGACUUCGCCUUUGCAGUCCUCAUCCCGAUCCCGCUCAUCUACCCGCUCCAAAUGUCCGUCCGCAAGAAGCUCUCGCUCGUCGUCGUCCUCGGCGUCGGCCUCGUCGCCGCCGCCGCCGCCGUCGUCCGCGCCGUCCACCUGCCCGCCUACGGCCGCCGCGGCGACUUCCUCUGGGACUCGCGCCACCUCACCGUCUGGUACGUCGUCGAGACGCAGAUCGGCGUCGUCGCGGGCAACCUGCCGUGCGCGAAGCCGCUGCUCGCUUCUUCUUCGUCUUCGUCGUCUUCGUCUUCGCGCUGCUGGUGGGUUUGGGAUAGUGGUGGUGGUCGUAAUGGUCGUGGUGGUGGUGGUGGUGGUGGUGAUAGUGGUGGUAGUGGUGGCAGUAGUGGUGUUGGGUGGUUUGCGUCGAAGUCGUCUGAGGGGGAGGGUUCGUCAGGUUCGCGGAGCGGCGGCGGCAGUGGGGGGAGAAGGUUGACGGCGGGAAGUGAGGAGAUUGGGUUGGUGAGGUUUGCUGCGGCGGGGAGGGGAGCGGGGGCGGGAGCGGGGGGAAAAGAUGGGGGGACGACGGUGGCGGUGGUGACGAGCGACGGUGGUGCUGGUGGUAAGGCGUCUUUCGAGUCGUCCAGGAUCGCGGCGGCGGCUCGCAAGGUGAGCGGUGACAGUAUUACCAUCGAGAGGAUUGACCGGGAGAUCGGGGGCCGUGGGAGUAGCGUGUCAGGCCCAGCAGCGCUGGCGGGAGGGAUUAUGAGAACCACGAACGUCGGUGUUGAUCAUGACUUUCACCACUCCGUGGUCUAG